UCCCGGAGGGCGGAAGUGCAGCCGGCUCGGCACCUACUUCCGCGCCGGCGCCUUCUGCGGCUGCGCAAGCUCUCGGGACUCCCGGCUAGCGCACCUCUGCAGGCAGUGUGUCCGGCGUCAGCACUGCCUCCCUGCCCGCGACCGCGACCGCGACCCCGACCCAGGCGCCUCUGCUGGUGCAAGAAGCCGGAGACGGAGCCGGCGCUGCGGUUUGGCUUUGGUUGAAAAUAGAAUUUAGCCUAUAUGUACUGCUUUAACCACUGGAAGAAUGACAGAUGACAAAGAUGUGCUUCGAGAUGUGUGGUUUGGGCGGAUUCCAACUUGCUUCACACUCUAUCAGGAUGAGAUAACUGAAAGGGAAGCAGAACCGUAUUAUUUGCUUCUGCCAAGAGUGAGUUAUCUGACGCUGGUAACUGACAAAGUGAAAAAGCACUUUCAGAAGGUUAUGAGACAAGAAGACAUUAGUGAGAUGUGGUUUGAAUAUGAAGGCACACCCCUGAAAUGGCAUUACCCAAUUGGUUUGCUAUUUGAUCUUCUUGCAUCAAGUUCAGCUCUUCCUUGGAACAUCACUGUACAUUUUAAGAGUUUUCCUGAAAAGGAUCUUCUGCACUGCCCCUCUAAAGAUGCAAUUGAAGCUCAUUUUAUGUCUUGUAUGAAAGAAGCUGAUGCUUUAAAGCAUAAAAGUCAAGUUAUCAAUGAAAUGCAGAAAAAAGAUCACAAACAACUCUGGAUGGGAUUUCAAAAUGACAGAUUUGACCAGUUUUGGGCCAUUAAUCGGAAACUCAUGGAAUAUCCUGCAGAAGAAAAUGGAUUUCGUUACAUACCUUUUAGAAUAUAUCAGACCACUACUGAACGACCUUGCAUUCAGAAGCUGUUUCGUCCUGUGGCUGCGGAUGGACAGCUGCAUACACUGGGAGACCUCCUCAGAGAAGUGUGUCCUUCUGCAGUUGCUCCUGAAGAUGGGGAAAAGAAGAACCAAGUCAUGAUUCAUGGAAUUGAGCCGAUGCUGGAAACCCCUCUGCAGUGGCUGAGUGAACACCUGAGCUACCCGGACAAUUUCCUUCAUAUCAGUAUCAUCCCACAGCCAACAGAUUGAAGGGUCCGCCGUUUGCCUGCAGGGAUUCACCCGGAAUCGGGAUUGAUCAGAGCAUGUCACCUCUCUGCUUCACUCAGAUUGGGUGGAGGCCCGCAGACCAGAAACACUGCACUGCAAGCCCAAUCGGAGAAAGAUUCCAUGUCAGAUAAGGGCAGGGCGGCUGGGCUGGUCUGACUUCCAUCACCCCUGCUUUCCUCCACUGCCGUCAUUAAGCCUCAGCUGCGGCAUGGAAGGCCUCACACAGGACUACUGCAAGUCUUCUCUUUGCUUGUAAGAUACUAUGAAGCUGAAACCUUGGGUCUAGGAAGAAAACGGAAAUAUGUGCCAGUCCAUUUGUAUUUCUGAUUAAUAAACAGGGGUGUUUCCUGAGGCGGCCAUGGUUGAACUUUUAGCUCAAGGGAGUGGAAACAUUGGUUGAAAUUUCAAAAGAAUUAGCAAGAACACAAAAGAGAAAUUCUGCAAUCGAUAACUUGCAGGAAUUUUUUUGUAAAAGAUUAAAUGACAGUAAGCCCAUCUUUCCUUAAUGAAAAUUUCCUAUGUUUACAGUCUGUCUAUUGGUAUGCAAACAAUCUUGUAACUUUGAUAAUGCACAGUGAGAUUUUUAAAUAAAGCCUCUGAAUAUGUUUUGUCAUUUAACAACA